AUGCGGUCUGGAAAGGUUCCCUGGCUCGGUAUUGAGGUUGCUGUUAUACGCGGCCCAUUCAAGGGUUCACGAGCUCUUGUUCGUGAUGUCAAUCGCACCAGCAAUGACUAUGCGGUCUCUGGCCUCAAACUCACAGUUGAACUGAAGGUAUUCAGAAAGCCGCUCUAUCAGUAUCGCGCUUUGAACAGACAGCAGGAAUUCUAUCUUCUCUGCGAGAAGUUUGAACCCACCGUCAUAACCAUUGAACGUACACCUCUGACAUUUCAACCACUUGAGCUAAAGGAACGCCCUGGCCCUGUUGACUGGGAAAGGUUACUCAAGGAGACAGAAGAAGAGUUGGCAAAACAGUUGAAGGAGAUGGAGGAAUACGAGAAGGCAAACUCAGAGAUCCCUCCAGGAGGCACUCCUGUACCAAUUCGAGACCAGAGUUCUGUUGUCGACAUCUGGGAUCCUUACUUUGAUGAUGGAUGGGAUGAUUUAGACAUGUACAGCAGCUCAUGGCCAGUACCGGACACCCUUCAAGUUCCUGCAUGUGAAGCGAGCACCAGCUCACAACCCAUACCCUGUUCUCCGGACCACUGGCUCUUCGAUCGUCGCCUCCUGAAUGUGCCAAUUCUUGUCGAUAUCAAGGGAGGUCCCCACGAUACGUCAAGCAAAAAGGCAGGUGUCUUUGUCAAGCCGACACUCUCACCCAUCGGGACGGUAGUUGCGAGGUACAACACUAGGAGCGAGAACCUCGAUCUACCUCACAACUGUAUUGUAAAAUUUCGAAAAAGGCCGAGCGGAGAGAGCUUGUUGAUCGUUGUCGGUGGAAACGAUGAACAUAUUGGAAAACUUGUACGCGUCAUCGAGUCGUUAAUGGGCGAAGAAUACCACUCAAGAGUCAACCUAAUAUCAGAGCUACGGGAGUAG